CAAAGGGCGGCGGGCGCCGGGCGUCUGUGACCGAGUCUCCCGGUGCUCCUCUGAGGCCCAAUCCUGGCCCCCGGCCUGCCCCGCUCCAGAUGAAGUGUGAGCACUGCACGCGGAAGGAAUGUAGUAAGAAAACAAAAACCGAGGACCAAGAGAAUGCGUCAGUUGAAGGACCGAGUCUGGCCCAGGAGAGCGGAGAGAAGGGAGAAUUCCAUAAAUUGGCCGAUGCCAAGAUCUUUCUGAGUGACUGCCUGGCAUGCGACAGCUGUGUGACGGCGGAGGAAGGAGCCCGGGUCUCCCAGCAGAAUGCCAGGGACUUCUUUCGAGUUCUGAACCUUAAUAAGAAAUGUGAUCGCUCACAGCACAAAGUGCUGGUAGUGUCAGUGUGUCCUCAGUCUCUGCCUUAUUUUGCCGCCAAAUUCCGCCUCAGCGUGACGGAUGCAUCUAGAAGACUCUGUGGCUUCCUCAAAAGUCUUGGGGUGCACUAUGUCUUCGAUACAGCAGUAGCCGCGGACUUCAGCAUCCUGGAGAGUCAGAAGGAGUUCGUGCGCCGGUACCAGCAGCACAGCGAGGAGGAGCCCGCGCUGCCCAUGCUCACCUCCGCCUGUCCCGGCUGGGUCCGAUAUGCCGAACGGGUGCUGGGCCACCCUGUUACCCCACACCUCUGCACCGCCAAGUCUCCCCAGCAGAUCAUGGGCUCCCUGGUGAAGGAUUACUUCGCCAGACGGCAGAACCUGUCUCCAGACGAGAUCUUCCACGUUAUCGUGGCUCCUUGCUACGAUAAGAAACUGGAGGCCCUUCGAGAAGACUUGCCCACCGCUUCCCACGGCUCCCGGGGUGCUGACUGCGUGUUAACCUCAGGUGAGGUCGUUCAGAUGAUGGAACAAAAUGACCACGCAGUGAAAGAUGCUGCCGUUGACACUCUGUUCGGAGGCCCGAAGGAGGAAGAGGUGAGGCGCCAUGACGGGGCCAGCUCCGACGGGUACCUAGCGCACGUCUUCAGACACGCGGCCAAGCAGCUGUUCGGCGAGGACGUGGGGGAGGUCACCUACCGCACCCUGAGGAACAAAGAUUUCCAGGAGGUCACCCUUGAAAAGAAUGGGGAGGUUCUGUUACGCUUCGCUGCUGCGUACGGCUUUCGAAACAUCCAGAACGUGGUUCUGAAACUGAAGAAGGGCAGGUUCCCAUACCACUUCGUGGAGGUGCUCGCCUGCGCCGGGGAACCAUCCCCUUCAAAGCGGAAGGAAGAAGAGCAUCAGCUCCCUGCUUGUCUUUCAGGCUGUCUGAGCGGCAGAGGCCAAGCCCAGACCGAGGACGGGCGGGCAGACAAGGCGCUGCUGCGGCAGAUGGAAGGCAUCUACGCGGACAUCCCUGUGCGGCCCCCCGAGACCAGCGCCCACGUGCAGGAGCUGUACCAGGAGUGGCUGGACGGGGCCGACUCCCCCAGAGUCCAGGAAGCCCUGCACACCAUGUACCAGGGCGCAGGGCUCCCCGCGGGCAGCCGGGACAUCAAGUGGUAAAGGUCGAGCCGGCUGCCGGGGAGGGAGGCGCGGCUGAGCGCGGCCCGAGACCCUGCAGGAAAACGGCUCGGCUUCUCGGUUGCUACCUUGGUUUUCAGAAUUCUCUACCCUCUUUGCUGGUGGUCCCCUCACUGUUUGAUGUGAUGCUCUCUUUGUGACGCGCGUGCCUGGAGCAUUCUGACCUGAGGGAAGGAUUGCCCCAGUUCACGUACCCUUUCUCUUAAGACUGAACAGUAUCCCAAAGAACAAGAAUGAAGACAAACCACUAUCUUUUAGGGUUAAAAGAAAUCCAGAAAGUGUCCUGUGAAGAACUAAGACCCCAGAAGCUCAGGCUCUUCUGCCUCAGAGAGAUGGCGUGAGGAGGCCGCUGGGGGGUCUGCCCGAUUCGGCUUAUUUUUACCCACUUCCCGUUACUCCUGAAUGGUUUUGACAGAGUGGGAGUCAGUUGUGUCCUUUUGGAAUUGGGAGCUGAUACACAAGCCGGGAUUUCCAGCUUCCCUGGCAGCAGCCAGGUGCUUUCCUGGUGCCAGAGGGUGGCGGGCAGCAGCCCCUCCUGGGACCAGACCUCUAACCCAGGGGCUCCGUGGCUGCGGGUGCCGUAGGCCCCAGACACGCACCCCCUCGUUCCGCCGUUAAGGGGAGCACACCACGAGGCGGGGGAGGCCUGGCGAGGCUGCGGGCUCUCUACGGACGAGGAUGGAGGAGGGAGACGGGGCAGAGGUGGGCUACCUGUGUAGGCCAGGCCGUGCGGUCGAGGGGCGCUCCCCUCCGUCCGUCCUGAUGCCGCUGCGGUCCUGCCUCCCCCCAGCCUGUGCUUCCUGAGGGGCGCUAGGGCAGCCCGUGCUGCGCCCACGAGCGUGCCGCAGAGAAGGAAGGGGGCGAGCGGCCCCACAGGCGGGGCUGGCAGUGGCCAGACCACGGACACCCGCGCUCCGGGUCCAGGCUCGUCCCCAAAGUGCGAGACCUCCGCAGAGGGCUCUGGUAUCGGGAACCCGAGCGACGACGCCCCUCUCGACCCCUCCGUGCCGUGAAGCCUCUGCUCCCUCCGUUUCCUCGUGUCGUGUGUCGUGCUGUGGCGCGUACCUGUCCGGGCUGGUGGCUGCGUGUGGCGUGAGAUUGUACAUUUCUUUCUCUCUGCUCGUGACCGGGUUCAUCCUCUGCGGCCAUGGGUGACGGAAUAAACAGCUGAAGGAUG